GGUACCUAGGCGAGGCAACCCCGCCUUAUAAAAAUGGCUUCAAAAUCGCCUCCUCCAGACUCUUCAUUUUUCUCUAUCUUAAAUUGAAUUUACUAUUAAAACUAAGUACUAACUUAUUCUGGUGACCAAGUCAAUUGCUAAAAAGAAUCAAUUUUGAAGAAGAGUUUUUCAAUCACGCAGACCCAUUAUCUGAAGGAAACAUUACCACUUCAAGUAUUACUGCUUUGAAUAAUAGAUCAUUUCAAAAAGAAGAUAUAUUAUUACAAGGAGCUGAAGAAAUGAAUGAGGAGUUAUAUGAAGCUGCUAAAAGAGGUGAUUCUAUUGGUGUCCAGUCUGCACUGUCUCAAGGAGCUAAUGUAAACCAUCAGAAUCCUAAAGAGUUUGAAGGUACUUCUCUUCAUGUUGCUGUAAGAGGAGGAUAUCAUGAUGUUGUACAAAUUUUAUUGUCUGCAGGAGCUGAUGUGAACCUCAUAGAUACAGAUGGAGAUACUGCUCUUAUUGAAGCAGCAAGAGAAGGAAACUGUGAUGUUGUAGAAUUACUGCUGAAGAAAGGAGCUGAUCCUUCACAUUCAAACAAUUAUGGAGAAACUGCUUUAGUUGCAGCAGCAAGUAGAGAAUAUUCUAAUAUUGUACAGUUAUUAAGUGAAGAAGAUGAUCCAAAUACUUCAGUUCAUAAUAAGGAGUUAUAUGAAGCUGCUAAAAGAGGUGAUUCUACUGGUGUCCAGUCUGCACUAUCUCAAGGAGCUAAUGUAAACUAUCAGAAUCCUGAAAAG